CCGCGCCGCUGGGGUGCCGCUGCGCAUGCGCAGGCGGGCCUGGGGCUGACUCUCCAUGGUGGCUCCCUCCGCCGCGGCCGGCUUUGGGUUUGAGUCUCGUGCUCUCUCCGUCCGCUUACCGGCGGGUUCGCUCCCCUUCUCGCGACCCGGGACGGCGAGGCUGGGGAAGGAGUUGAAAAGGGGCUGUUGAUCGCCUCCUUUAACUUGUGCGUGGGGGCGGCCAUGUCGGCCGGCGAGGUCGAGCGCCUGGUGGAGCUGAGCAGCGGGACCGGCGGGGAUGAGGAGGAAGAGUGGCUGUAUGGCGGCCCGUGGGACGUGCAUGUGCACAGUGAUUUGGCAAAGGAUCUAGAUGAGACUGAAGUUGAAAGGCCAGAAGAAGAAAAUACCAGUGCUAAUCCUCCAGCUGGAAUUGAAGAGGAAACUGCCGAAAACGGCGUGUCAAAACCGAAAGUGACGGAGACUGAAGAUGACAGUGACAGUGACAGUGACGAUGAUGAGGAUGAUGUUCAUGUCACUAUAGGAGACAUUAAAACGGGAGCACCACAGUAUGGGAGUUAUGGAACAGCACCAGUAAAUCUUAAUAUCAAGGCAGGGGGAAGAGUGUAUGGAAAUACAGGAACCAAAGUCAAAGGGGUAGACCUUGAUGCCCCUGGCAGCAUUAAUGGAGUGCCACUCUUGGAAGUGGAUUUGGAUUCUUUUGAAGAUAAACCAUGGCGGAAACCUGGUGCUGAUCUUUCUGAUUAUUUUAAUUAUGGCUUUAAUGAAGAUACUUGGAAAGCUUACUGUGAAAAACAAAAGAGGAUACGAAUGGGACUUGAAGUUAUACCGGUUACUUCAACAACAAAUAAAAUUACGGCCGAAGACUGUACUAUGGAAGUUACACCAGGUGCAGAGAUCCAAGAUGGCAGAUUCAAUCUUUUUAAGGUACAGCAAGGGAGAACUGGAAAUUCAGAGAAAGAAGCAGCGCUUCCAUCUACAAAAGCAGAGUUUACUUCUCCGCCCUCGUUGUUCAAGACUGGCCUGCCACCAAGCAGAAACAGCACCUCUUCUCAGUCUCAGACAAGUACUGCCUCCAGAAAAGCCAGUUCAAGCGUUGGGAAGUGGCAGGAUCGAUAUGGGAGGGCCGAGUCACCCGACCUAAGGAGAUUACCUGGUGCAAUUGAUGUCAUUGGUCAGACAAUAACCAUCAGCCGAGUAGAAGGAAGACGCCGGGCCAAUGAGAACAGCAAUAUACAGGUCCUUUCUGACAGAUCUGCUACUGAAGUCGACAACAAUUUCAGCAAACCACCUCCAUUUUUCCCUCCAGGGGCUCCUCCCACUCACCUUCCACCUCCUCCAUUUCUUCCACCUCCUCCCACUGUCAGCACUGCCCCACCUCUGAUCCCACCUCCAGGUAUUCCAAUAACUGUACCACCUCCAGGUUUCCCCCCUCCCCCAGGCGCUCCACCUCCAUCUCUCAUACCAACAAUCGAAAGUGGCCAUUCCUCUGGUUACGACAGCCGUUCUGCACGAGCUUUUCCAUAUGGCAAUGUGGCCUUCCCCCAUCUCACCAGCUCCGCUCCCUCGUGGCCUAGCCUCGUGGACACCACCAAGCAGUGGGACUAUUAUGCACGGAGAGAGAAAGACCGAGACCGAGACCGAGAGAGAGACAGAGACCGAGAGAGAGACAGAGACCGGGACAGAGAAAGAGAGCGCACGCGAGAGAGGGAGAGGGAGCGGGAUCACAGCCCCACCCCCAGCGUUUUCAACAGUGAUGAGGAGCGCUACAGAUACCGGGAGUAUGCAGAGAGAGGCUAUGAGCGCCACAGAGCUAGUCGGGAGAAAGAAGAACGACACAGAGAGCGACGUCACAGAGAGAAAGAGGAGACCAGACACAAGUCCUCUCGCAGUAACAGUAGACGUCGUCAUGAAAGUGAAGAAGGGGACAGUCACAGGAGACACAAGCACAAAAAGUCUAAAAGAAGCAAAGAAGGGAAAGAGGCUGGCAGCGAGCCCGUCCCCGAACAGGAGAGCGCCGAAGCUGCCCCUGCCGAGUAGACGCCCCCUUUUCUCUAUGUCAGUCCCAGAAAUAGAUGCUGUAAAUCUCCUUAUUUUUCUGGAUAAUGUUUAAGAAAUAUACCUUUAAUCUUGUUCUGUUAGAAUGAAACGUUAACUUCUUUUCCAAAAUAAAAAUGUGCAUUUUUUUUGUGUUAAGUUAAAAAUCUUUGUCUUGUAAUAUUUAAAGAAUAAAAGACAGAAAUGACCUUAUAUCCAAGGAAGUAAUGUGAGUGAGUCAGCAGGGGAUGUAGAGCUAAGGUUGGCUGUGUACACAGGAUGACGAAGGUCAGGACUCACCUUGGCUAGCUUCCUAGUCAGUCAGGUGCUGUCACAGAGUGCUGCACAGACCCCCGUGAAGUGACGCGCUCUUGUCUUACUACUGCGAGUUAGGGAGAGCGGGUUUUCAGUGUUCUAAAGUGGGUCCAAGGUAACUGAGUGGGCCAGUUUCACAUCUCAGUGCGUAGAUGGUAGAGGCCUUUGGGUGGUCCAUGAUGUAACUUGUGUACUUUGCAGCAGGCACACCUGUAGACACAGUUGUGACUGGCAUGGCGCUGGACCCCUCCAUGGCCACCUGUUUGAGCCGGGGUCAAGGUGGUUUGGCUGCUGUUAACAUGUUUUCCAAAACUCAUUGGUGAAGUAGAAUGUGAGGUGUUUUUUAUAUCAUUACCAUAUUACAGAUGGAAGGAAACUCAAUGGCAGUAGUGUUCAGUCAGUCAUUCUGUAGUAAAACCCAAAAUCCAAGCUUAGAAUCUGGACUAAGGCCAGGAGGGAGUACAGAGUAGUGGUGGUGCUAGGAACUUGGUGUGUGCAAGAAUGACUUAGAGCCACAGGGAAGAAGACAGCUGUCAUUUAGAAAAGAUUUAUUUCUCAUUUUAAAUUUCAAUGCCCGUAUUGUACUCUUUCUUGAACUCCACGUACACCAUAUUUUUACUUGAUUUGAAUUGUGUCAUACAAACCAUUUUAGAUUUUUUUUAUGGGCUUUUUAUUGAAUAGAAAAAUAUAAACGGAAAGGUUUUGGAGUGAUGAGAAAUCCUCCACACUAAAUAAAAACUUACCAGUUUUUAUUUUUGAAAACAUUCUCUGAGGUGUAGCUUCUUUUCACAAUAUCAUACUUUUCCUGGCAUUUUUUACAAUAUAUUCUUUAAAUAUAAAAAUUGACAAGAUAAAUACAGUUUUACCUAGCCUAUCUGAUCUUUUUUCUGCUUUUGAAGUUCCAUCAUUGAUUUUAUAAAAAAGUCCCAGGCCAGGAAGCAAUAGUGAGAGUAAUUCUCCCUUUCAGUUCCUUGAGCAUCCUUGCCAAGCAAGCGUGUAUCAUGCCAGACGUACUCCUGCCAUUGACAGCGAGAAGAAUGUCACCACAUCUAAAAAAAAACAGGAUUGUGAUCAGAAUCACUUUAUGAUUGAAGUUACUCUUGGUGGACUUGGGUGGUCCUACUGUUUGCCAUAUUUGUCCAUUUUAAUUCUAAGUAGAUUUUUCCCCUCUUCACUCAAAUUCUCCAAGCUCCAUACAGCUUACAUUAGAAGAUAUAGUAGUAUAGGAAAUUGCAAUAUGGGACCAAGGCCAGUUGUAAUUUUUUAUUUUGAAUUUUUUUUUGAGACAGGGUUUCUCUGUGUAAUAGCCCUGGCUGACUUGGAACUCACUUUGUAGACCAGGCUAGCCUUGAACUCACAGAAAUCUGCCUGCCUCUGCUUCCCAAGUGCUGGGAUUAAAGGUGUGCUCCACCACUGCCCAGUGUAAUUUUGAAUUUCUUAAACCUGACUAGUACACUCAUGUUUUAAUUUCUCACUCUUUAAGAAUAUAUAGUACAUACUGUAGUAAGUAUAGUGAAGAAUACGCUUUCUUUCAAGUGGGGCCAAGUUGUCACAUAUAGAAAACAAAAUACUUGAAUAUUAUUUUUGCUAACUAAUUAUUACCUAAUUCUUCCAUCGUUGUAUGCUGGUGUUCCUUCAACAAUGGACUUGAUAAAAAAAGGUUUGUUCCCAUUGUAUUCUUCAUAACCUCCUACAAUGCAGAAGCCCAGACUUCCUGCUGUGUUCCUUCGGAGUGUCACGUCUUUACUGUUAGAUAAGUACCUGAAAUAGAAUGUAAUUAGUGUAUGUACAGUUGGGUCCACUAAUUGUGACUUCAUCUCUCAUUCAUGUUUUUGGAUAUUUUAAAAAAACUAGUAACUGCAUAUGCUCCCUCAGAAAUGACAGUAACUUUUCAUGCUCUCAGCCGGCCGGCUUUUGUAUUUGAUCUCUCUUCCAUAGCUGAACACCCUUUCAACCAAAGGACUGCAUUAUUGGGUUCAGUUUGUGAAUCUGCUGAGAAAGAUGGCUGUGUUUUUGCUAAGGACACCAUAAUGCAUGGGCUUACUAUGAGCCAAAAAGACGAUAUGCCUCAAUACUUCUAAUGAUAAGCUGAAGUGGAGCAUACUGAGGGAAUAUAAUUUUUAUAUACUUGUGGGUUUACAUGAUUCUUCAAGAAGGCAAGCUUUCUUUGAAUUAGUGAUUCACAAUGAAAUAAUCACGAUGAAAAUCAUUUUAACUUAAGCUAAUGAACUUCAUCAAGUUUAGACUUUGUAUUGACCCUUGGAAGACACUGGUUUAUACUCACAUAAAGAAGACUAUAGACAUAGAUGAAUGGAAAUUGGGUCAAGAGUAGAACAGUUGUAGGAGUGAAUCAACAUGGCAGAAACUGAAGCCCAAAGUACAAAAGGAGCUGGAGAAGGGAAGACCACAGCUGGCCUAAGAAUCAGUAGAAUCCUCAACUAGGGUAGUCGUGACAGAGCUAAGUGCAGACUGCUGUUACAAGAGAGGUGUGUCAGGAGCUGGAGUUUGCUCUAGGAGCCUUGUCUAGCCUAUGUGUGUCUGUGGUCUAGGAACUGCUUUGACCAGAAGAUAGCAUUUUUAUGUUGGUAGAAAUGAAGAUGUUUUGUUUAUAGACUGUACCUUAAAAGAAUCAAUUGCUUUUUGAUAAUCAAUAAAAAUGAUCUUGUGAAAUGGUAA